CAGACAGUGAGGUUUCUGCUUGCACAAAAAGCACCAACAAUAGCCCAGCACCCUCCUCCUGCCAGCUGCCGCCCUGAUCCAGAGCUUUCAACCUGUUGAAGAUUGAAAAUUAAAGCAACGUUCACACCAGAACCAUCUUUACUACACUCUCCUAAUGCUGGAAGGAUCCAGUUUCCAGACUGUGGUGCUGCUAAACAUCUUCACAAUGUAUCCCUCCUGAGUUUUAUUCUGAUUUUCAAAGCGGAUGUGUUUGGAUUGGCAAAGAAGCAAAUGCAACAAAAUCCUUGGCUGAGCCCAGCUUAUCAGAUUUCUGAGGCUCUGUCAGACUCCAGCAAAUCCAAGAGUGAGGAGGUGUGUCACCAUGGUGAUUGCCAGGAAAUUAACAAUCAAACUCCAUUGAAUCUCUGUGCAUCCUGUGACAGCAAACUCCAUGACACGAUGCACUUUGAUCGUCACAUCCGCUUUGACCUUCCACCUCAAGGUUCAGUUCUGGCCAGAAAUGUCUCAACCCGCUCAUGCCCACCCCGGACCAGACAGUCAUCUGACAGGGAGGACGAGGAUGAAAGCGGAAUGGACGGGAAAAGUGACAAGAAGAACUCUGCGCUGAAGCUGAACAAGAAGAAACCUCGUCGCCGACACACAGACGAUCCCAGUAAGGAGUGUUUCACUUUGAAGUUUGAUUUGAAUAUCAACAUUGAUACAGAGAUUGUCCCUGCAAUGAAGAAAAGAACUCUGGGGGAAGCACUGUUGCCUGUGUUCGAGAGGCAUGGCAUUGAGUUGAGUCAGGUGGAGGUUUAUUUGGACCAUUCGUAUACACCUCUAACCCUGCACUUCGAGGCAUAUCGUUUUGGGGGACAUUACCUGAAAGUGAAAGCAAAACCUGGCAGUGAGCUGAAAGUGGAACAGUCGGUUAAGGAGAUAAAAUCUUUGAGUUUACCCAUCUUGCGUCCUUCGGCAGCCAAUCCCACAUUUAUCUGCACCCCACCAAUGGACAGAACAGAGCACCCUCUGCACGGGCGAGAUGCAGCGGAUAUAGGGGCAGUGGGCAGACGGAGGAAGAAUAUGAUGGAGUUCCUGGGGGAGUCCACUCUGCCAUUGCCAGAUUCCCUCUCCCCACUCAGCUCCUCGCUGCCCAGCGGUGGGGCCGACAGUUGGAAGAAUCGAGCUGCCAGUCGCUUCAGUGGGUUAUUUAGUUCUGGUGCUGGCAUGGGACCCUUUGGCCGGGAAAUGGACAAAAUGGACCUGCUGCAGAGUAAGCUUCACACGUACAGCAUGUUCGGACUACCCAAGCUGCCAGCGCAACUGCGAUUUGACCAGGACUCCUGGGAGGAGGAAGAGACCAGCUUAUACCUUGAAUCUUCAUGGCAGGAAAUCAUUGAAGCUCCUGAGAAACUUACUCGGAAGCAGUGCCAUCAGCAGGAGGCUCUUUGGGAGCUGCUGAACACAGAGGUUGCCUAUAUGAAGAAGCUGCGUGUUAUCACGGAUCUGUUCCUGUGCUGCCUGAUAAACCUGCAGGAGUCGGGUCUGCUGACUGAGGUGGAGCCAAAGAAGCUGUUCUGUAAUGUGCAGGAGAUUAUCCAACUGCACCAGAAGCUGUGGCAAGAGGUGAUGACUCCAAUGUUGCAAGCAUCCAGAGAGAGCAAAGCAUUACUCAACCCCAUCCAUUUGCACAAGGGAUUCAAGACAUUUGGUGUGCACUUUAAGCCUUACAUCCAGUACUGCAUGGAGGAGGAGAGCUGCAUGGAGUAUAUGAGAAACCUUCUCCGUGACAACGAACUCUUCAGGGUCUAUAUAACGUGGGCAGAGACUCAUAAGCAGUGUAACCGCCUGAAGCUCAGUGACAUGUUGGUCAAACCUCAUCAACGACUGACCAAGUACCCGCUGCUUCUCAAGUCUAUCCUCAAAAAAACCGAUAACUCUCACGCCAGAGAUGUCAUCGUUAGCAUGGUCAGUUCCGUUGAGAGUUUUAUUGCGCACGUGAAUUCCCGAAUGCAUCAGCGGCAGGAGCAGCAGAAACUGGCAGAGAUUAUCAAUCGCAUUGAUUCUUAUGAGGUGGUGGAUGGGAGCUCAGAUGAAGUGGAGAAGGUUCUGAAGGAGUUCUGCCACUUGGACCUGAUGGCUCCGAUGCUUGGGACUUCACCUGACAACACUCGGCAACUGCUGCUUGAGGGAAGCCUGAGAAUGAAAGAAGGAAAAGACAGCAAGAUGGAUGUUUACUGUUUCCUCUUCACGGAUAUUUUCCUUAUCACCAAGCCAGUAAAGAAGAUAGAGAAGACCAAAGUAAUCCGGCAACCAUUGUUAGUGGAUAAAAUAAUCUGCAGGGAGCUGAGAGAUCCCGGCUCCUUCCUGCUGAUUUACCUGAAUGAGUUCCGCAGUGCAGUCGGUGCCUUUACCUUUCAGGCCAGUGUAACUGGACAGUCCAGAGCAUGGAUUGAAGCCAUAUUCAACGCUCAGAACCUUCUGGAGAGAUUACGGCAUUUGGAGACUGCGCAGAGACAUCGUCAGCUGCCUGAUGAAGAGGAUGCAGAGUGUGGGAUCCCAGCAACCCAAUCACCAUCCCUUCUACACACGUACUCUGACGAUAUACUUGAUUCAGAGCACAUCCAUUCAGACAGUGUGCCAGAGAGGGUUUCGGUUGUAAUGAUUGAUGUGAAUGAAGAUCUCUCCUCACCUGACACGGAAGGAGCCACGUCUCCGUCUGAUGAUGCUUCACUCCGGAGUACAGGAUCCUCCAGCUCUCCAAGCCAAGGAUUAUCCUGCAGUGGGCUCACUUCCUCAGGCCUCUCGAUUCCCAGCACCAAAGGCCAGCUGCUGAAGGCUGAUGCCUGCCGCUCAGCCUCGGUGGACAGUGCGUACGGCACCUUGUCCCCAAGCUCCAUGCAAGAGUUUGAGCAGCAGCAGCAGCAGCAGCGAGAGUCAGCGGAUGACGAUAGCGAGUCGACUCCCCGCCAGAGAGCGGCCUCACCGCCGGUUCACUGCCAGCGUCUGGAGCAGCCCCUCUCUCAUAAACUCAACAACCUCAAAUCAAAGUCGGAGACCAACCUUCAUCAGCUUGUUACCACAGAACCUUGUGUCUCGAGUCAGUCGUCUCUGAGUAAGAGCCUGACGAAACUCUGUGUGCCCGUUGAAGAAAGACCAGUCCAGCUUCCAGUUUCCGAUGGCACAGUACCCAAUCAGUCUGUGCUCCCCGUCCCUUAUUCACUCACUGCCACCAAAGUAAUGGAGGUUCUCAAGCGAGCAGAGACUCAACAACAGAGGACAGUUCCAAGCCCCAGCUCCCGAGAGAGGGCUGCAGACACCAGCGACAGUGAGCUGUCUGAGGUGGAGGAGUUGAACUUUGGACCGAGUUUGGAGCCAAGCUCCGAGCCUUGCACGUUGCCCCGCUCCGACAUGGAGAAUGAGCGGACCUCUCCGUCUGGUACAGACGAACUCGUGGACCCUCAUGGUCAGGCCAGUGGGCAGCCGAGCGACAGCAGUCCCUCAGAACUUUCCAAAAGGACAAUGUCAGGGCCUCAGGCCGGGCAGCAUCGCAAACUGACCUUGGCCGAACUGUACAGAAUGCGGACCAGCCUGCUGUUAAACUCCACAUUGACUGCAUCGGAAGUGUAGCCUUGCAUUGGGCGUGAGCAGUGGGGCUUGACUGGAACUCUAAUGGAUGGAAAGGCAUGGAACGUGAACUCUGACCUUCUGAGGUGCCACCGUCAUGAUCCUUGGAACAUUCCUGCCCGUGCUCAGAAAGGAGCUGAGAAUUCUGUCAAUGCUCGUGGACCUGUUACAGAAUCAGUGUGGAGAGCAAGCAAUGAGUGAACGUGGACAUUGUGCUAUGGGAGUGAGGAAUGUGUAUGUCAAGCUGGUGACCUGUCCCAACAUUCGCUGUCAUGAGAAUUAAAAAUGCACCAUAAUAUUUUAAUGUAUAAAACUUCACCCAGCUACCAGGGGUGUCUGGGUUGCCUUUUGUAUGUGGCAAAGAAAAGGAAUAGAAAGUUUGAGUCCUUUUUCUGCUCCCAUCUCUUUCCUCCAACUCUGUUGAUCCAUUUCAGCUCCCUCUCCUCACCAGUCUCUUUCCCUUCGCCUCUCUCCUACUCCUCAUCCUCUUCCCUCUUGAUGUGCCUCCUCUUCCUGUUACUGUCUCCUAUCCUCUCUCCUCCUCUCUGUCUUGUCCCCAUGGAUCUCUCUCUCAUCUCACUCUUCACUUGCUUCCAGAGAAGCCAUAUGACUGAACAAGGAAUGGCACCAGCCAAUAGGUGGCUUUGUUAACUGUAAGUGUAUUGCUCUGUCCACUGGUCGUCGGGUUGGUGGAGACUAAAGGACUAGUGUACCUACUGUAAUGGAAAAAGGGAUGCUGUUGUAACACGGGAUAGCACAUCAACACCCCCUUCCCCCAAAUUACACCCCCCCCCCCAGUGUUAGGCAAUUGAAAAUUCAGCCAGGAAUCAGGUACCGUCCAGGGAGUAUAUACACAUCUGCAUGGGUAUGCACAGUGUCUCAAUCAUUGCUUGGGCCCGUACAAGGAAACUUCCCCUCAUAGAUUUCAAGCUCUUAAGUUAUUCUGAAAGUCUCCCACUGUCAAAUUCCCACUUGUGUACUGAGCCGCUUCCAGAUUGAAAGCUCCUUCGCCAAACAGUUAACUCCUGAACAUGGUGAAGGAUCCGGACAGUGGUAGGAGAUCUCCUCUUGUCGGUCUGCAGGUGCUGUUUGCUUCCCUUAAACCAGCAAUAUUGUUUUUUCCCUUAAUAAUAUAUAAAGUUUCAUAUUUAUUAA